GUUCACACUACGUAGACCGCCACCGCAUAAACACCGGCAAAACCGUAAUUUUUAUUGCAAGGCUUGUCAUCUUCAGACGGUUCACAAACUUAUUUCAACUCUCCAAUAAAUACAUCUAGGACGCCAGAUGGCUUAUCAAUAUGGGGAAGAAAGGUAAGGAUACGGCUACAGCGGCACCUUCAGGAGCUGCUGUGGCCGCUAACGCACCACCACCACCACCAACAUCAUCAUCAUCAUCAAAGAAGUCAUCCAAAACAGGUAAAAAUACCACCGCUUCACAGCAAAAUGACGAUUUUAUAGUGUUCACAAACUCUACGAAUGAUUCAAAAUCUAGUAGAAAAGGUGGGGGAGGUGGAGGGUCUUCGAACGCGGGAGGAAAGAAAUCUGGGGCCGGCGAGUCGACGACAGCAGAGUCUACGGGGCCUCCAAAGCCGACGGUAAAGCAGAUUAUCGGAGGAGCGAGUUGGACCGGUAAACUACCCGUAAACCUGCUCUCGGAGCAUUGUCAAAGGCAGAAGUGGGACAAGCCUGAUUACCAACUUAUCAAAAGUUCGGAGGGCAUCUCGUAUUUCGUCCAGCUUAGUGCCAGAAAUCCCAAGACUCAGGAGGUGCAGAAGCUACCUGCUUUUAAGCUACCACCAGACUAUAAGAACCUGGUGAUGAGAGAGACCCCAUUAGAAGCUAAACAUGCAGCCGCUACCUAUGCUUUAUUCAGGGUCUGUAGUAUGAAAAAUAUACAUACUACCCUACCCCCGGAUUAUAAAACACUAUGGAAGAAAUUCGAGGAACUAAAGAAGGAAGAUGUAAAAAAGGGGAACGCGUGGAUGUACGAGGCAGACCCGUUUGCUACUUUGAAGCAGCGAGAAGACGAGAAAGCUGCGGCGGAAAAGAAACGAAAGGAGCAAGAAGCUAUUAGAGAAAAGGCGAAGAAUAUGCCUGGUGCGGCUGGUUUAGUCCUUCGAAGCAAUGCCGCAUCUUCUGGAGGAGGAGGGGGUAAUCCUAUGAAAGGAUGGACGACAGUUCCCAAAAUCGAAAUGGGCCGGAAGACGCGGUCCCAAUUAGAAGAUUUGCUUCGACGCGAAGUAAUCUGGAACCCACAUGGUGUCAAUAUGCCAACUUCCCAGAAAGAUGCUAUUAUUAAAGAACUCACCGGCUCUGGCUUUCGGAAAAGUCACGUAGAAGAGGCUGUCGAAGAAUGCAAGGAUCGCGAAGAGACUCUGGAAUGGCUACUUAUACACGUACCUGAGGAUGACCUUCCCAGGUGGGCCUUGCCAGAGAGCUACAGCGCAGGUGUUUCAGUGGCUGCGACGCAGGAUUUAAGGCGCGAAGCAGCAGUGAAGCGGCUUUCUCAAUCGGGAUACUCUGCUGAGCUAUGCCGGAAACUGUAUGAUGAGAGGAACGGAAACGAAGGGCUUACUGCCGAGGCAUUACAGCAUUUUCUACUCUCCAGCGGCAACGACUCGGCACUGACAAAUGGAACUGCCGAAGAGCCAUUCAUAUCAGGUACUCCGGAGGAAUGCUGGGACGAAGAGAUGGAAAGUCUCUCAUCCGUCUUCAGUGAACAUUUCAAACGAUUAUCUGAUGACGUCUGUCAAAUACGCAUUGACUCGGUUCGAAAUGGAUCCAAGAAAGACGUUGAGACCUACGUACAAUUCCGCAAAACACCGCGGUAUCCGUCCGAGGUUGUCGUGGCCGUGGUGGCGGAUUUGCCCUCUUACAUUAAACUCAGCAUAGUCAAGAAGACUCUCGCUUAUCUCAUCGAGUCUCUCAGCGAAGAACCGAUGAAGAUUUACUUUGCGGUUGAUUGGAUUCAGCAGAAUAUUAACAGUAUUAUUGAGAAUCCAGGGAAGCUAAGAGAUAUAUCCGGUGUUGCAUCUACCGCAGCAGAGACCCGUCACGUUAUACCAGUGAAGCAGAGGUCUUCACGACAUCCUAAACCCUUAUCGUGGACUGUGGAUAUGCGUAGCAAGGAAGAAUGGCAGAGGAGGCAGAAUAAUCCUGUUCUAAGAGAAAUGCUUGCUCAGCGACAAAAGUUGCCCGCUUGGCAAGCAAGAGAUCUGGUUGUCCACACAGUUUCACAGAAGCAAGUUACUAUUAUUGCUGGUGAGACAGGCUCUGGUAAAUCUACACAAUCAGUGCAGUUCAUUCUAGACGAUCUGUAUAGCAAGGGACUUGGGAAUGUCGCGAAUAUUAUAUGCACACAACCACGCAGGAUCUCUGCUCUCGGCCUAGCGGACAGAGUUAGCGACGAACGUUGCUCAAAGCUCGGCCAGGAGGUGGGCUACAUUAUCCGUGGAGAAAAUAAGACCGGCUCUCAGACGAAAAUCACAUUCGUUACCACUGGUGUGCUUCUGAGACGCCUGCAGACUUCUGGUGGCCGGACCGAGGACGUCGCUGCGUCGCUUGCUGAUGUUAGCCACGUUGUCAUUGACGAAGUUCACGAACGAAGUCUGGAUACAGAUUUCCUCUUGAGCAUCGUUCGGGACGUCUUGAAACGGAGAAAAGAUCUCAAACUCAUCCUCAUGAGUGCUACACUCGACGCGGCAACUUUUGAAAGCUACUUUACCUCUGAAGGACUCGAGGUUGGCUUAGUGGAGAUUGCUGGCAGAACAUAUCCCGUUGAGGAUUAUUACCUCGACGAUAUAAUUCGCAUGACUGAUUUCGCCGUAGACAAUAACAGGUAUCGUGAUCGAGACGAGGGAAUGUUUGACUCUACAGAGCAAGGUCGUGGCGACAAAGCACCGCAAGAUCCUAUUAACAAGACCAUCCAGAAACUAGGUUUCCGAAUCAACUAUUCCUUGCUAGUUGAGACGGCAAAAGCUAUCGACGCAGAUUUAUAUCAUAGCAACAAGAAGGGCGGCAUUCUUAUAUUCUUACCGGGUGUUGCGGAGAUCAACCGGACGGUUAGCCAACUCAAAAGUGUCUCGUCUUUUCAUGUUCUGCCACUUCACGCCUCUCUCGAUACACGCGAGCAGCGAAGAGUAUUUACAACCCCCCCUCCUGGAAAGCGCAAAGUUGUAGUGGCCACGAACGUAGCAGAGACGUCGAUUACAAUUGAUGACAUCGUAGCUGUUAUCGAUACGGGAAAGGUGAAGGAGACAAGCUUCGAUCCUCAGAAUAACAUGCGCAAGCUCGAGGAGACGUGGGCUUCCCGCGCCGCUUGUAAGCAACGUCGGGGACGUGCUGGUCGAGUGCAAGCUGGUAAAUGCUAUAAGCUCUACACGAAGGAUAUGGAACAGCGCAUGGCCGAUCGUCCAGAGCCAGAGAUUCGACGGGUGCCUCUCGAGCAGCUCUGUUUGUCAGUGCGAGCCAUGGGUACCAGAGACGUCGGUGCAUUCCUGGGAAGGACACCAACACCGCCAGCUGUUUCUGCUGUUGAGAACGCCGUAAAGAUGCUGCAACGGAUGGGCGCACUUGAUGGCGAGGAACUGACUGCUCUCGGACAACAACUGGCUAUGAUCCCCGCUGAUUUGCGUUGCGGGAAGCUUAUGAUAUACGGUGCCAUCUUUGGCUGUCUUGACGAGAGCGUCUCAAUUGCUUCCAUCCUAAGCACCAAGAGCCCGUUCAUAUCUCCCCAAGAGAAACGUGAUGAGGCUAAAGCUGCCCGCAUGAAAUUUUCUAGGGGCGAUGGCGACCUUCUUACAGAUUUGAGAGCAUAUCAGGAGUGGAACGCCAUGAUGGAGGGGGGUACGCCGCAGCGACAACUACGACAGUUCUGCGACGAGAAUUUCCUCUCAUACCAAACCCUCAGCGACAUUUCAGCAACCCGCACACAAUACUAUUCAGCACUUUCAGAACUAGGUAUACGCGAAAAUCGCCUUGCGGGCAACCAACCAUCGACGGCACUUGUGCGUGCACUUACGGCAUCGGCGUUUACGCCGCAGAUAGCGCGUAUACAGUUCCCGGACAAGAAGUUCGCAACGUCGAUGUCAGGUGCGGUAGAACUCGACCCGGAAGCCCGAACAAUCAAGUACUUUACGCAAGAGAACGGCCGCGUGUUCAUCCAUCCUGCGAGCACCUUACAUGAUAACCAAGGAUUUUCAGGCAAUGCCGCGUUUCUGUCCUACUUCAACAAGAUGUCCACAAGCAAAAUCUUCAUCCGGGAUUUAACACCGUUUAACUCCUUCACAUUGCUCCUGUUCUCUGGCGCUAUCGAGUUGGAUACUCUGGGCAGAGGCUUGGUGGUCGAUGGCUGGUUAAGACUACGCGGCUGGGCUAGAAUCGGAGUCUUGGUUUCUAGACUGAGGGGCAUGGUAGACAACAUCAUCGCGUUGAAGGUCAAUGAUCCAAAUGCAGAUGUGCGCAACAACGAGGUGAUUAGAAUGGUGGCUAAGCUCAUAGAAUUGGAUGGCUUAGAUGCUUAAAUGGGUUUCACUGUCGUUCAUUUGAGGUCUCAAAAGUAUUGGCUGUUAUGUCUUUGGGAAUGUGCAAAUGAAUAUUCGUUACGAUAGGUGGAUAGAUUAUUUUAGAAAAUAUGGAAACAACUGUGGAUAUUUGUAAUGAAUCUAUUUGUCUUGUACAGUAUGAUAUUUCUCGCUUGUUCUAGAUGUGUUUGUUACCC